AUGGCGGCAAAUUUGUCUUUGUGCGUAUUUGUCGUUGUUCUUGUACAUUUUAUCAUUGCUAUAGCUUAUUACUAUGUUUGGCGAAGGAAUUCUUUGAAGUGUUUUGAAAAGAAAAAGAUUCUCUUCGUUACUGCACAUCCUGAUGAUGAAUGUAUGUUUUUUGCSCCUUCGAUCUUGCAUCUUGCACGGUGUGGUVUUGUUCGUCUGCUAUGCCUGUCAAAUGGAAAUUACUWUGGACUUGGCAAGAUAAGGGAAAAGGAACUUCUAUCAAGUUGUUCUUUAUUGGGAAUCCCACCAGAAAAUGUAGAAGUCCUUAAUAAAACUGAGCUUCCAGAUCACCAAACUGCAUCAUGGCAGCCAGACAUUGUGAGUUCUAUCAUUCUAAAGGAGUGUAAGCAAUAUGAUAUUGAAUUGGUAAUAACAUUUGAUGGUUAUGGAGUUUCUGGUCACCCAAAUCACAUCUCCAUUUAUGAAGCUCUCAGGAAAAUGUUACAAGAUAGGACAGCACAUCAGCCUCAGUUUUAUGUAUUGGAAAGUACAAACAUAGUUAGGAARUACAUCUCACUGUUUGACAUUUCAAAUAGUGUAUUUGCCAAAUAUGUAUUCCUAUCCUCAUUCCAAGACUUUAGGACAUCUCAAGUAAGUAACUUCAUUGCUCUGUGAAAGCCACUGGAUUACAACUUUGAAGGGUUUUUUAUCAUCUGGAAAUCAUGCCAAGCCAAAGAAUGUGGUCCUGAGCUUACACAGAUUAAAACAAUAUUCAACAUUUAUUUUUUACUAUAAUAAUUAUUUUAUUUAGUUAAAACACUUCCGUUCAUCCACAAAACAA